GACCACUGAGCUGUAUAAUAUAUCUGGAUAGCUCAUUGGCGAUGACUUGUGAAACCACACGGCCGCCAUAUUGCUACUCGCAAGAAACACUACUCGACAAGCUUUUGCAUUCGUGGUGAACUUCUUUUAUUAAUUCGGAUUGGACACAAAUUUUGCCUUAAGAUACCUGCAUGUGCAGCUAUUUACUGCACAAAUCGCCAGUUCAAAGGCUGUGGACGAACAUUUCACCUAUGGACAACACAAGACGACAUGAUACAGAAUGACAUCGAGAAUGAUGACAGUUGCUUGCUUCUUUGCCUCAACAAUGCCAACUUGUUUUGGUUUGUGAACUUCGGUGCUGACAAGUAUGGCGUUAUUCCUGCCAGAAAUGCAUGCAACGAUAUUGAUGACAUCCCUAUUUCCUGCACAAAUCGCCAGUUCAAAGGCUGUGGACGAACAUUUCACCUGGACAAUGAAGAGGAGGCUCCGAUGAGAUGUAGUUUCUCAGUAGAAGACCUCCUGGAUGAGGUGGAGAAGAUCUGUUAUGAUGCGUCCGGGACAUCUAAGGUUGAGAUGGUGGUGCGCCUCUGGAAGGACGGCUUCACCGUCAACGACCAGGAGUUCCGCAGCUACUCCAUACCCGAAAACCAGCAGUUCCUGGACGCCAUCAAAAGGGGGGAGCUUCCGACAGAAUGGGAGAGCAGAGCUGAGGAGGAGGAGCUGGAGGUCAACGUGGAGGACCUGACGGAGGAAGCAUACGUUCCCAAGAAGAAGGUUUUCCAUCCUUUCAGCGGGAGAGGAUACCGGCUUGGGAGCGUGGCACCCAGAGUCGUGGCCAGGUCGCCAUCUGUGCACGAGGACGGAGAAUCUCCUCCUAUCCCCAUGGUAACGCUGGACCACACCCUCCCCGUGACCUCCUUACAGAUCUGGUUGGCUGACGGCAGGAGAUUGGUGCAGAGGUUCAACCUGUCACAUCGGAUCGUGGAUGUUCAAGACUUUGUGGCGCGCUGUCAGAGGAGCUGCCCGCCUUUCGUCCUGACCACGUCGCUUCCCAUGCGGGAGCUGAACAACCAAGAGCUGAGCCUCCAGGAGGCGGAUUUGGCCAACGCCGUCAUUGUCCAGCGGCCCCUGGAAACACAGGAGCCCUUCGGACACUCUCGACUGUCACCGUCGUUCCUCUGAUUCCCUUGUGAACUUUCACCUUUCCUUCAUCCAUUGUAGAUGUGGUGUUAUAAUACUGGCACACCUUGUCUCUGGAGCUGAUAGGAGGGUGGGAAGUCUGAUUUCUAGAACAUACUGCAUCAGAAACACCAUUCCAUUGCUCUCAUCCAAUCACAAGCUUUUGACAACUGAUGGAUUCUGUCUUCAUCAGAUAUUAUAGAGGCUUUAUGACCAUAUGUAAAAUGUACAGAUGCCUGAUAGUGGCUUUCUUACUGAUAUCGGAUUUACCCAUAUUGUCCAGCACUUUAUUACCGAUAUCAGUAUCAACCUAUACCAAUAUUGGCAGCAGCUUUCCCCAUGGAAUGAACACAUAAUGCUUCUUUUACUGUGAUGCUACUGGAUGCAUUUCACAAAUAAAUGCAAUGGCAUUUAUAGAAAAAGUGACAUAUUUAUAUAUGACAUAUAGUGACAUAUUUAAAGUCGUUGUUACAGAAAUCAUGAAAAAAAACCCUACUGUCAACAGCAAUGAUACAAUUUUGGAAGUUGCACAUUUCUAUGUGGCACAAACAUCCAUAAAAGAACAAAGUAAAGUACAUACAGUGGUGUGAAAAAGUGCUGGCCCCGUCCCUUCCUGAUUUGUAUUUGUAUUUGUACUUUAUUUAUCCCACAGCGGGGAAAUUCACUUGUUACAGCAGCAAGCAAGAUACGCAAGUAAAGAGUACAGUGUAAAGAAUGCAUAUUGACUACAACAUGGUUUAGGUGGUGCAGGUGUUGUAGAGCCUGACAGCGGUCGGUAUGAAGGACCUGCGGAACCUCUCCUUCUUACACCGUGGGUGUAACAGUCUGCUGCUGAAGGAGCUGCUAAGGGAACCCGCAGUGUCAUGUAGCGGGUGAGAGGUGUUGUUCAUGAUGGAUGUCAGCUUAGCCAACAUCCUUCUCUCCCCCACUUCCUCCACGGAGUCCAAAGGACCAUCCAGGACAGAGCUCGCUCUCCUGAUCAGCCUAUUGAUCCUGCUCCUGUCCCUGUCCGUGCUGCCCCCUCUCCAGCAGCCCACAGCAUUUGUUGUCAGUCAGCCACAUUGGAGGCUUUUCGUUUUUAAAGUCAUGCGACAGCAUCUCAAUAGGAUUCAGGUCAGUACUUGGACUAGUCUUCAGCCAUUCAGAGGUGGACUUGCUGGUGUGUUUUGGAUCAUUGUCCUGCUGCAAAACCCAAGUUGCUUUCAGCUUGAGGUCACCAGCAGAUGGCCGGACAUUCUCCUUCAGCAGAAUUCAUGCUUUCAUUUAUCACAGCAAGUCUUCCAGAUCCUGAAGACCAUCACACUACCACCACCAUAUUUUACUUGCUAUGAUGCUACUUUUUUUAAUGCCAGAUGUAAUGGGACACGCACACCUUCCAAAAAGUUCAAUGUUUGAGUGUUUUCGUAAAUAAAGGUCUUGGGGAUCAUCAAGAUGUUUUCUGGCAAGACUGAGAUGAGCCUUAAUGUUGUUUUUGUUCAGCAGUGUUUUUUUUCUUGGAACUCUGUCAUGCAGGCCGUUUUUGCCCAGUGUCUUUCUUAUGGUGGAGUCAUGAACACUAACCUUAACUGAGGCAAGUGAGGCCUGCAGUUCUUUGGAUGUUGUUGUGGGGUCUUUUGUGGCCUCUCGGAUGAGUCAUGGCUGCGCUCUUGGGGUCAUUUUGGUUGACGCCCACUCCUGGGAAGGUUCACCACUGUUCCUUGUUUUGGCCAUGUGUGGAUAAUGGCUCUCACUGUGGUUGGCUGGAGUCCCAAAGCUUUAGAAAUGACUUUAUAACCUUUUCCACGCUGAUAGAUCUCAGUUCAUGUGUUAUAUUUUAACGGGACAAUCACUUUUUCACACAGGGCCAUGUAGCCUUGGAUUUUUUUUUGCCAUUGACUAAUGUUUGAAUUUAUUUGAUGGUAUGAAACAUUUAAGUGUGACAAACAUGCAAAAAAGUAAGACAUCAGGACGGGGCCAAAUACUUUUCCCACCCCUGUAUGCAGUAUAUCGCUUAUUUGACUAUGAGUGAUUCUUCCUGUGGUGUGUUAUUAUCGGAAGACGCCUCACUACCUCCUUGCCUAAAAAAGCACAUUACAAUAAUUGAAAAUUGCAAUGGAAAUAAUUCCAGACUGCAGACAUACUGAGCUAGCAAGAUUUGUUACUCUGCAUAGCACAGUGGAGCUUGAUGAGGCCUCACUAGCGCAUCGAUGUCAACAGUGGCAGAGAAACCGAUACUGAUUUAUGCCAAUAUUGGUCGUCUGACAUAAUCAGACGUCCUUAAUAAAAAAUGAAGUUGUAUCUUGUAAGAUAGGUGCUAUGAAAUGAUACAAAUGAAACCCCCAAAUGCCAGGUGCAAACAGGAUUGCGAGGGGCAAUGUCUCCAGCAUGUCAAACGGGUAGAAGGCAGCAGUUGUCACUGAUUGCUUUGGGUCCCGUCCCUUUCACAGGACAAUCUGCCAGAAAAAAAUCCAAUGUGGUACCUGAUGCAGAUGGUAAUAAUCCUGGUGUCCAUCUGCUGGUUCAUAACACCCAUCCCUUCCCCCUGCGCCCCCCCUGCACACUCACAUACAUAAACAAUAUAAACAUAUAAAGCAGCACUUUCAAGUCUUCCUUCAACUGUGUCAUAUUUUACUCCACUUUUCAAGCCAGGAUGCUGCUUGAGUUUUCACAUUGAAUGUUCAUGUAACUGACAGAGUAUUCAUUGUACAAGUAAUAAUAAGAUGUUGCAUUUACAUAGCACAUUUAGAUUGCUGUCUUCAAUCUGAGGUCUACUCCUGUAUGAAUUGUAUUGUAUGUGUAUGUAUAGUACUUUAUUAAUCCCACAGCAGGGAAAUUCACUUGUUACAGCAACAAGCAAGAUACGCAAGUAAAGAAUACAUAGUGACUACAACAUGGUUCAGGUGGUGCAGGUGUUGUAGAGCCUGACAGCAGUCGGUAUGAAGGACCUGUGCAACCUCUCCUUCUUACACCGUGGGUGUAACAGUCUGCUGCUGAAGAAGCUGCUAAGGGAACCCAUGUAUCAUGAAUGUAUCAUGUUAUCAGCCUGCAUCUUUUACAUCCAAUACAUGCAUUUCAAAACACAGCUCAAAGCUCUUUU